UCUUUUCGUCCCCGUGACCUACUUGCCAGACCGCUGGCGGCGGGGAACCCAACCGCACGGCUCCCGGCCCCGGCGACGGCGCGAUGCGGCGGCAGCCCUUCUCUCGGCACGAUGGCUUCUUCGCCUCGCUUCAGCGGGUGGAGGACCGACUGACCUCCGAGCAGCAUCAGGAGCAGGACCCGGCGCCGCCGCCGCCGGCGACGGCAUGCCAACCCGAGCCGGCGCCGUUCUCGGAUACCUUGACGACCGCGUCCCCGCUGCUCCUUCUCGACCCAGCACAGCCCAGCGUGGCCGCGAGCCGCGACAGCAGCGGCCCCGCGCUGGACUUCCUCACCGCCCUCACCGAUCAGGAGCAAGACGACGACGACGACGACAGUGGCGGCGACGGUGUCGAGGAGGACAUUGCACGGCUCAUGGCGCUGCUAGGCCUGUCGCCCCCGCCACCGGACGGCGACGACGGCUGCGACGCUGGCGGCGGCACGGGCGGGUGCGACUGCAGCGGCGCCGACGGAUUCCUGGCCAAGGUCGUCGGCGUGGCCGGCCCCAAGUGUGACGGGGAGAAGCGGAGGCUGGACGCCUGGAUCCGCCAUUAUUACCACCGAAGGGAAGGCGGCGGGUGCCGGGUCAGGGAGCCCGCGAGGCUGGCGCACCUGCUGCUCGCCAGGGCCUCCAGCGACGCGGCGGCGGCCGUCGUAGCCCCGGCCACCGUGGUGGACUUUCUUGAACGCGAUCCAAAAUAGGGGUACAUGUGUAGAAUAUCGAUCCGGAUCUUUUCAAUACUUGAUCGCGAUUAAUAGGCUUGAUCUAAAAUACGGAUGUAUGCAUAACAAUUCGAUCCGAUUUUUGCAAUAUACCAUCUAAUUUGGAUCGCGAUCCAAAACAAGUGUGUAUGUGAAAAGUUUUG